AUGGCCCAACAGCAUCCUCUCCAAAAGCUGAGGUCGCCCUCACGGACCUUCUCCUUAUUACUCCAUGUCCUGGGUGUUGCGUCUUUCAGUUACAACUUCAACUUUCUGACGGUCUGGGAGACACCAUUCGACCUGGCGUACGGAUGGCACUUUCAAUUCCUCACCAUCCUGGGCCUCUCGGCUGCCCUGCUGUCCUUUAGCUUUGGCAUACUGGCCGACCUGACCCUGGCGCCCGUGUUUUUCACAGCGAAGAACAUCAUCUCCAUUGUCGCUACCCCACUUGAAGUGGUCAUCUCACUACUCUACUGGGGACUCCACCUCAUCAACCCAGAGCUACUCUUCGUUGACAAUAUGCGCCUGCCAGUGCUCACAGACAUGGGAUUCCACCUCGCCCCUUCGGUGUUCUUGACGUUGGACCUGGUGCUGUUGAGUCCGCCUUGGACGAUUCCUGCCCAUGGCAUGAUGGCGAUGAGUACUGGCUUGGCUCUUGGUUACUGGUACUGGAUUGAGCUAUGCUUCAGUCACAAUGGGUGGUAUCCGUAUCCCAUCUUCGGGUUGCUCAACACGACGCAGAGAGUGCUUCUCUUCACGUUCGCGGCCUUCUUGUCGACAGUCUCCAGCAUGAUGCUCAAGUGGGUGUAUGAUCUCGCCCAUCGGGAAGCAGACUCAAACCAAAACUUACGCCAAUGCGACACCAUGGAUAUUGAUGAUAUUCUGCGCUCUGUCGACCCUUCGACAAGCGGCAUCCCCCGCGAGACAACCGACCUUCAAAUCCUGACGCGUCUCUGGGUUGCCGAGCGCUCAGCUCCUGAGCUGCUGGCCUGGCCAUCCGAUGGCGUCUUUGAGCGUGUCAACAAUCGCAUAAAGGCCCAGAUUGAAAAAGUAGAAGACAUGACGGGGGACAUGGAUCCCACCACCAACUUUGCCCUCAUCGUCAUCCAGACCGAGCUCGAGCGCUACAAGUUCCUCGUCCGCAGCUACCUGCGCGCCCGCAUCGCCAAGAUUGACAGGCACACCCUGCAUUACCUCUCGAGCAGUGAGCUGCGCGCGCGGCUGGCGCCGACGGAGCUCGCGUACGCGACCCGCCACCAGGCCCUGCUGCACAACCACUACCUCUCCUCGUUCCUCAACGCGUUCCCGCCGCAGCUGCAGAACCUCAACGACACGGCGGGCGGCGUCAGCAUGAUUGACGCGCCGGAUCUCGACACGGCUGUCUUUGUGAGGAUGCUGACCGACAAGGAGGUCUCUGGCCGGGGGAGCGAUCGGGACAACUCGCUGAACGCGGCCGAGGGGGACGUCUUGAUCAUGAGGUGGGAGAGCGCGAGAGACAUGGUCAACAAGGGCGAGGCGGAGUUGGUGUAG